AUGACCAUCUGUCUGCUCUCCUCAGCUCUCUGCCGUCUGUCUGCUUGUGCUCCUCAUCACUAUCACUUCAUUAAUGAAAUGAAGAGCUGGACCGAAGCUCAGUGUUACUGCAGAGAGACGUACACUGACCUGGCUACUGUCCACAGCAUGGACGAGAUGAAGGAGCUGAAUGAGACCUUAAAGAAUUCCUCCUUUCCUCGACCUUCUGUUUGGAUUGGACUGCAGAGAGGGGUCACUAAGAAGUGGAUGUGGUCACGGGCCGACACAGAGUUUUAUAAACAGGGAGAGACGGAGUUUAGAAAGUGGCUCAGUGGACGACCCGGUGAUUCUUCAUCUACUGAUCUGGACUGUGCUGCACGGUACAGUAGUGACGGCCUUUGGCGUGAUGAGAACUGUAAUCAGUCACACAGCUUUGUUUGUUAUGAUGGAGUUACAGACUCUUACCACAACUCUCAGGCUAUAAAGAAGAGCUGGCAUGAAGCUCAGAGGUUCUGCAGAGAACAAUACACAGACCUGAUCAGUGUGAGGAACGACAGUGAGAACAGUGAGAUUACAGGUUUCACUACCUGGGUCGGUCUGUUCAGAGACUCGUGGACGUGGUUCAGAUACUGGACAUCAGACCAAUCUGACAAUCUUAAUGGACAUGAGGGCUGUGCAGCUGUUUGGACGAUUGGAGCAGAUUUUGGUCAGUGGGAGGAUCUGGACUGUGAUGAACAGAUGGCAUUUGUGUGCAGAGAGAAUUAUCUGUUCCUGAUCAGAGAGAAUCUGACAUGGAGAGAAGCUCUGAGAUACUGCAGAGAGAACUAUGUGGAUCUGGUCUCAGUGCACUCUGAGAAGAUCCAGCACUGGGUGAUGAAAGUGGUUGGAAAUGCCUCCACUCGCCACGCAUGGCUGGGACUGCGUCACACCUGCGCUCAGGGGUUCUGGUACUGGGUGAGUGGAAUGUCCAUCUGCUAUGAUAACUGGGCUCCAGGUAACGGGACAGGAGUGGAAGACUGCAGUGUUGUAGAGAGAACCGGGGCGGUGCAGACCGGAGGAAAUCAGCAGUGGGUCAGUCUGCCAGAGACUCAGAGACUCAACUUCAUCUGCAGCAACUAUGAAGGUUAG